ACAAAAAAGCUUUUCGAAACUUGUAGUAGGAAAAAUUUCACGGCGAAAAGCUUAAUACGAACGGCAUCUAGAAGUUCAGUUAGUCGAGCGCUGAUCCCGAAGUGAAAAGGUCGCGCGUUGUGUUCGUUGAUACGAAAAGAUUCGAAAAGCAACCCACUGUAUAAAACCAAAUAAAAAAAGAAUUCCGCAUUUCCGUGAAUAUAAUCUAAAACACAAAAAGGGGUGUUUUAACCCCUAAGAAAGAAUCUGUUCUCUGUGGUGAACUUAUUGUGUAAUAGUGCAAAGUAGUAUUAAAUAAAAAAAGUCAAAACGCAAAAUGCCACCUAAAAAGGGAGGAGGGCCUGCCAAGAAGGAAAACUUGGAUGACUUAAAACAGGAGUUAGAUAUUGAUUAUCAUAAAAUCUCACCCGAGGAAUUGUAUCAACGAUUUCAAACGCAUCCCGAAAAUGGUCUCAGUCACGCUAAGGCCAAGGAAAAUCUCGAACGAGAUGGCCCUAAUGCUUUAACACCGCCAAAACAAACUCCUGAAUGGGUUAAGUUCUGUAAAAAUCUGUUCGGUGGUUUCGCCUUGCUAUUGUGGAUUGGUGCCGUUCUUUGUUUUGUUGCUUAUUCAAUUCAAGCAAGUACGAGUGAAGAACCAUCAGAUGAUAAUUUGUAUUUGGGUAUUGUACUUGCUGCUGUAGUUAUAGUUACUGGCAUUUUCUCAUACUAUCAGGAAUCAAAAAGUUCCAAAAUUAUGGAAUCUUUCAAGAACAUGGUGCCGCAAUUCGCUACUGUGAUCCGCGAAGGCGAAAAACUAACACUGCGUGCUGAAGAUCUUGUAUUGGGUGAUGUUGUUGAAGUCAAAUUUGGUGAUCGUAUCCCAGCUGAUAUCCGUGUCAUUGAAGCACGUAACUUUAAGGUGGAUAACUCUUCAUUGACUGGUGAAUCUGAACCCCAAUCAAGAGGACCCGAAUUUACACACGAAAAUCCCUUGGAAACCAAGAACUUGGCCUUUUUCUCUACCAAUGCUGUUGAAGGUACUGCCAAGGGUGUUGUCAUCAGUUGUGGUGAUCACACUGUCAUGGGACGUAUUGCUGGUUUAGCUUCUGGCUUAGACACCGGAGAGACCCCAAUUGCCAAGGAAAUUCAUCAUUUCAUUCAUUUGAUUACCGGUGUGGCUGUAUUCUUGGGUGUGACUUUCUUCGUGAUUGCCUUCAUUUUGGGUUACCAUUGGUUGGAUGCUGUUAUUUUCUUGAUUGGUAUUAUUGUCGCCAAUGUACCCGAAGGUCUGUUGGCCACUGUAACUGUGUGCUUGACUUUGACUGCCAAACGUAUGGCUUCAAAGAAUUGUUUGGUUAAGAAUCUUGAAGCUGUCGAAACUUUGGGAUCAACAUCGACUAUUUGCUCUGACAAGACCGGAACUUUAACCCAAAAUCGUAUGACUGUCGCUCACAUGUGGUUUGAUAACCAAAUCAUUGAAGCCGAUACAACUGAAGAUCAAUCUGGUGUGCAAUACGAUAGGACUAGUCCUGGAUUCAAGGCUCUAUCUCGUAUUGCGACUUUGUGCAAUCGUGCUGAAUUCAAGGGAGGUCAAGAUGGUGUACCAAUUUUGAAGAAGGAAGUCAGUGGUGAUGCUUCGGAAGCUGCUUUGUUGAAAUGUAUGGAAUUGGCUUUGGGUGAUGUCAUGAAUAUCCGCAAGAGAAACAAGAAGAUUGCUGAAAUUCCAUUCAACUCGACCAACAAAUAUCAAGUGUCUGUCCAUGAAACUGAAGAUCCAGCUGAUCCACGAUACCUUUUGGUCAUGAAGGGUGCUCCAGAACGUAUUUUGGAACGUUGCUCAAGCAUUUUCAUUAAUGGCAAGGAAAAGGUUUUGGAUGAAGAAAUGAAGGAAGCAUUCAACAAUGCCUAUUUGGAAUUGGGAGGUUUGGGUGAACGUGUGUUGGGAUUCUGUGACUUUAUGCUGCCAUCUGACAAAUACCCAACUGGAUUCAAAUUCAACUGUGAUGACUGCAAUUUCCAAAUUGAUAAUCUCCGAUUUGUUGGACUCAUGUCUAUGAUUGAUCCUCCACGUGCUGCUGUACCUGAUGCAGUUGCCAAAUGCCGUUCAGCUGGUAUUAAAGUUAUCAUGGUUACUGGUGAUCAUCCAAUUACAGCUAAAGCUAUUGCCAAGAGUGUGGGAAUUAUUUCUGAAGGAAACGAAACUGUUGAAGAUAUUGCCCAACGAUUGAAUAUUCCCGUUUCUGAAGUUAACCCACGUGAAGCUAAGGCCGCUGUUGUUCAUGGUGGAGAAUUGAGGGAUGUAUCUUCAGAUCAAUUGGAUGAAAUUCUAAGAUACCACACUGAAAUCGUAUUUGCCCGUACCUCACCCCAACAGAAGCUGAUCAUUGUCGAAGGUUGCCAACGUAUGGGUGCUAUUGUAGCUGUGACUGGUGAUGGUGUGAAUGAUUCACCUGCUUUGAAGAAGGCUGAUAUUGGUGUUGCUAUGGGUAUUGCUGGUUCUGAUGUAUCCAAACAGGCUGCUGACAUGAUCUUGCUUGAUGAUAACUUUGCCUCAAUUGUAACUGGUGUCGAAGAAGGUCGUCUUAUUUUCGAUAAUUUGAAAAAAUCUAUUGCCUAUACCUUGACAUCGAACAUUCCUGAAAUUUCUCCCUUCUUGGCCUUUAUUUUGUGUGAUAUCCCAUUGCCAUUGGGAACUGUCACUAUUCUUUGCAUCGAUUUGGGAACUGACAUGGUGCCCGCCAUUUCCUUGGCCUAUGAAGCCGCCGAAGCCGAUAUCAUGAAACGACCACCCAGAGAUCCAUUCAACGAUAAAUUAGUAAAUUCAAGAUUGAUUUCCAUGGCAUAUGGACAAAUCGGUAUGAUUCAGGCAGCUGCUGGAUUCUUUGUGUACUUUGUGAUUAUGGCUGAAAAUGGUUUCUUGCCAAUGAAACUGUUUGGCAUCCGUAAGAUGUGGGAUUCAAAGGCUGUUAACGAUCUAACUGAUUCUUAUGGUCAAGAAUGGACUUAUCGCGAUCGUAAAACACUUGAAUUCACCUGCCAUACCGCCUUCUUCAUAUCAAUUGUGGUUGUACAAUGGGCCGAUUUGAUUAUUUGCAAGACCCGCCGAAACUCUCUCGUACAUCAAGGCAUGAGGAAUUGGGCUCUUAACUUUGGUCUAGUAUUCGAAACAUUGUUAGCUGCAUUCCUAUCUUACUGUCCUGGAAUGGACAAGGGUCUUCGUAUGUACCCACUCAAAUUCGUCUGGUGGUUGCCAGCAAUUCCAUUCAUGUUGUCCAUUUUCAUCUAUGAUGAAACCCGUCGAUUCUACUUGCGUCGCAACCCAGGUGGUUGGUUGGAACAGGAAACAUAUUAUUAAACAAACAGACAACAAAACAAAAUUAUAUUAUUUUUUAUUUUUAAAUAUUUAAUAAAACCAACAAAAAAAAGAUCAUUAUUUAAACGUUUAAGAAAAAAAUACAAAAAAAAAAAUAAAUUAUAAACAAAAAAAUAAACCAACCCCAAACACACAAUAAGCAAAAACAAAAAAAAAAAAUAAAAUAAAUUAAUACAUUUUUAGUGAGUAAAAAAAUUUAAAAUAUUUAAAACAACAAAAAAAACAAAUAAGCUAAAUAAAAAAAAAAUUAAUUUGUGAAGAUAAAUGCAAGCUUAAAGAGUGCAAAAAAAAAACAAAAAACCAACAACUUUUAAUUAAUAAAUAAAUGAAAAAAAAAAAAAAACAAAA